AAAUACCCACUAUAUCCAUGCACAAACCUUGGCACUUUGCACCAACAAAAAAAGCCAAUAUUGUUACUAGCACAAUAACAAUGCAACCAAAGACUUUCCAAUUCAUUCUUUUGAUCAUUUUCUUGAUCUCACCUCAUUCUCUGUGCUUCAACACCGGUGGCAAAGACGGCGGAACGGAGAUGACCCCGCCGGAAACAUCUUCAUCCCCUGGUGGAGGAAGUGGUGCAGCUCAUGGACCUAACUGGGAUUACAGCUGGGGUUGGGGUUCUAGCCCUGGUGCAGGAUGGGGUUUUGGCUCGGGUUCGGGAAGGUCGCCUGAUGGUUUCGGUCGAGGCUGGGGGUUUGGUUUUGGGUCCGGGAGUGGGUCCGGUACUGGCUUUGGCUAUGGUUCUGGUUCUGGUGGUGCUCAUGGUGGUGGUUAUGGAGUCGGAAGUGGUGGUGGUGGCGGUGAAAGUGACGAUGAUAGUGGUCGUGUACCAUCAAUCUCAGGGGAGAGAGAUCAUCGUGGGUAAACACACACACACACAGUGUGUAUUAUAUUGUGACUAAUUAAUAGUAUGUGUUAUAGGGCUUGAUGUCUAGUAAAGUAUACCAUGAGAAUAUAGUAAGUAAAUGAGUAUAUAAUGGAAUAAUAUAUUUACAUGAUUAAUGUUUGCAGAAUAUUAUAAGGAAAAUAAUGAGUUUCUUUCUAUGAAUUGAUUAGUAAUGUUCAUGAUUAACUCCGUUGUGUUAGAUACUGAGGAUGUGAAGCAGCAAUCCAGUAUUAGUUUUUCCUUUAUGUAUAAUGGAUGUUUUCACUUCUA